AAGUCAAACACCGCAGCUUGUCCAGUCAAGCUCGCCGGCUCGUCCGCAUAAAUACCACGAACCGGAGCUCGGCACGGCAACUCUCGUCUCCACAGAGGGUAGCAGAAAAUGGAGCGCCCGGCACCGGAGAUGGAGGAGGUCACCCUCCGCGAGUUCACCGAGGCCGACGCGGAGGCGCUCUUCUCGUGGGCGUCCGACCCGCGCGUCGUCCUCUUCCAGCGCCGCGAAGCCUACGCGCGCGUGGACGAGGCCCGCCGCUACAUCCACGACCACGUCCUGCCGCACCCGUGGUACCGCGCCAUCUGCGUCGGCGGCGCCGGCGCGGUCGUGGGCUCCAUCUCCGUCAAGCCCGACCCCGCCGAGGAGAGGGGCGGGCGACGCUCGUCGAGGGCGUCCGUGGGGUACCGCGUCGCGCACGGCUACUGGGGCCGCGGCAUCGCGACGCGCGCUGUGCGGGCGGCGGCGGAGGCGGCGUUCGCGGAGUGGCCGUGGCUGGUGCGGCUGGAGGCCGUGGCCGACGUGGAGAACCCGGCGUCGCAGCGGGUGCUGGAGAAGGCCGGGUUCGUCCGGGAGGGCGUGCUGCGGAGCUUCGUCGUGCUCAAGGGGAGGCCCAGGGACAUGGUUAUGUUCAGCUUGGUUGACACGGAUCGCGAGAGGAACAGGCCCGUACAGGCCCAUAAUGACUAGUUAGCCCAUGGGCUCUAGGUCGAAUGCUCUGGUUGUUUUGGGCUCCCACGUCUUAUCUUACACUAAUGUCCGUCUCUAUAUUAUCAGUUCCGCAAAAAAAUUAUAUUAUUACCGGUUUAAUUUUUAGUCCAAUCAUUUAAUAACGAAAUUUUAAUUGUAUGAAGUGCCCUCAGAAAAUAGAAUAUUAUGUUCUUA